AUGCCAGCCUCCUCGAUCCAAUCGUACUUCUCAUCGUCCUCGCCGACCAAAUCUUUCCCUGGCGAUGGUUUUACGUCCGAAGAGUUGCAGGUGUCUUCACCGACGACUGAAUGGGUUCCUGUCCUUGACUAUGAAGAGAGCGAGAUCGCCUCUCUAGAGCCAGGUCCACGCUGCCUGACUAUCAUGGGACGCAUCGUCAACGUCUAUGACACGCCCAAGCCUAGCAAGCGACCGAAAGCUGCCCAAGGCUUCUUCAAAUUAAUGAUCGCUGAUGACACUGGCGUCAUGACUGUGCGGCUCUGGUACGCGACACCACUCUACGCACUCAAGCUAGGCCAGCUGGUGACCUUGUGGACUGUCCAUAUCAGUCAAGGAGAUGGCCAGAUCGGACUAGCGCCGAACGCUGCGCCGCUUUUUACCAGCAUCUUCCCCGAGAAUGAACGAAACUGUCACUUCAUGAUACAUGAGCGAAGCGACGAUGGGACCAUGUUCAAGAGACCAUUCGGAGCGAACGACAGCCAGGUGUGGCCGGGUCUCAUGACGCUGAGGAACUUCACGGAUGGCGGUUUUGAUGUGGACGACUGUAAACUUCUGGUUUGUGUAAAGAGUAUUGGACCGAGGAAGAAGUUCACCAACAAAAACGGAAAUACCUCAGAAUCGAUGACUGCUGUCAUACUGGAUGAUACCUCAGAGGGCAUCCUCACCCUCUACGGUUCUGUUUCAGGGUCAGCAUCUGCGUGGAAGCCCUACGACACCGUACUGCUCAUCUCCAACCCUGGCUGGCGCAUUGACAAGAGCGCGAAACUGUCGCUGAACGGAAACACACAGCUGUUCAUCGACCCAGCCAUUGCGGACGCUCGCUAUCUCCGGGCUCUUUCUCAGCGUCUCAUAAAGAGAGAGCAUGUGAACCCACCCUUCCCGCACGAUGUUUUUGACGCAGAGGAAGCCGGAGGCGCAGCAGUCAAGGUCCUAUACAAGUUGAGCGAGAUCGACGAAUUCGCAAGGACGAAUCCGACGGAGAAAGCCGUGGGAUACAUGAGUGUCAUCAUCACGCAGCUCAACAUCGUCGUGAACUACAAGCGCGAGAUGCUCAUGAGCAAUGAAUGCUGCGGGAAGCCAAUCUUCUCUAGCAAAGUGAAGACUAGUUGUCGACAAUGCGACAGGGAGUGUAUGCUACGGAUCAAUCCUCGCAUACUGGGAGACGUCAUUGACGAAACCGGAGCAAUCGGCACCGGCAAGCUCAUUUUUUCCGACGCAGCGUGGGAACAGCUCCUCGGUCGCACUGCUGAACAGCUCGUGAGCGCUCCUUUGGACGUCAUGAAGUACCUCGAACAAAGGCUCCUAUUCCUCAGACUGACGUUGGGCUUCGGAAUCCAUCUAGGAAAUGAAGAGAUCGGCAGGUUAGUGGUUUGGUGCGUAAAGAUGUGA